AUGACAGUCACCACCAAGGAGGACGAGUCCUCCAAUCGGGCCUCGAGCCGCAAAGAAGGCUCCCCGCCCUCCGUGUCCAUUUCCCAGGAGAGCCUUACCGAUUCCGAAGGUUAUGGGUCAUCUACCGAGCACGUCUUCUCGGAUCCUGCCGUGGCUUCUCACUGGCGGGAUGUCUUCGAGAAGGCCGGGUACGAGAACCGGCACCGUUUUGACCCAUCUUUCACAUGGUCCGCCGAAGAGGAGCGGAAAUUGCUCCGCAAAAUCGAUUUCAGAAUCAUGCUCUGGGCUUGGAUCAUGUUCUGCGCAUUGGAUCUCCAUCGACGCAACAUUAACAGGGCCAUUUCAGACAACAUGCUGCCGGAAAUUGGCAUGAAUACCAACGACUUCAACUACGGUCAAACCAUCUUCCUCGCCUCGUUCCUUGCGGCCGAGCUGCCGAGCGGCCUGAUCAGCAAGAAGCUGGGCGCUGAUCGCUGGAUCCCUUUCAUCAUGACAGCCUGGUCCAUCACGGCCGGCUCGCAGGCCUUUUUGAGCAACAAAGCGGGUUACUACGCUAUCAAAGCCCUUUUGGGUCUCCUUAUGGGCGGUUUUAUCCCUGACAUCGUUUUGUGGUUGACGUAUUUCUACAAAUCGGGCGAGUUGCCCACACGGCUUGCAUGGUUCUGGACGGCCUUGAGCACUGUCAACAUUGUCGGCUCUUUGCUUGCCGCCGGCAUUCUUCAGAUGCGCGGGGUCAGGGGGUGGUCAGGAUGGCAAUGGCUCUUCCUAAUCGAGGGCAUCAUCACUCUCAUUGCCGGCCUCUUUUCCUGGGUACUCAUGCCCCCCGGCCCAUGCCAGACUCGAAGCUGGUUCAGGGGCAAGGAUGGGUGGUUCACAGACCGGGAGGAGUCUAUCAUGGUCAACCGGCUGCUCCGCGACGACCCCAGCAAGGGCGACAUGAACAACCGGCAGGCCGUCGGCCCCUCGCUUCUGUGGAAGGCAAUCAAGGACUGGGAGCUGGCACCGGUGUACCUGAUCGGCCUCACCGCAUACAUCCCGCCGUCCCCGCCAGGCACCUAUCUCUCCUACAUCCUCCGGCAGCUUGGCUUCUCCGUAUUCGAGGCCAACCUCCUCGCCAUCCCGUCGCAGUUCCUCUUCGCCGUCAACCUCCUUAUCAUCACCUGGGUCUCCAAGCGACUCGGCGAGCGGGCCAUUGUCUCGUCCUCGUCCAACAUUUGGAUCUUCCCGUGGCUGCUAGCCCUCGUCCUGCUGCCGGCCACCGCCUCGCCGUGGACACGCUACGCGCUCCUGACCGGCCUGCUGUCGUACCCGUACUGCCAUGCUAUCCUCGUGGCGUGGAACGCGCGCAACAGCAACGCCGUGCGCACCCGCGCCGUGUCGGCGGCGCUAUACAACAUGUUUGUGCAGAGCGGCAAUAUCAUUGCCAGCAACAUCUACCGCGAUGACGAUCAGCCGCUCUAUCGUCGCGGUAACAAGAUCCUCUUGGGCCUAGUGUGUUUUAAUAUCGUGCUGUUUUAUCUGGUCAAGGCAUUUUAUAUCUGGCGCAAUCGGGUCCGGGAUAGGAAAUGGAAUGCCAUGUCGCCGCAGGAACAGGAAGACUACGCCGUGAACUCCAAGGAUGAGGGUCUGAAGAGGUUGGACUUCCGCUUUGCCCAUUAG